UAUUGAAACAAGAGAGCGUUGAGACACGCCAUUUACUACGUUGUUGUUCCUUCUAUAAAUAACACAGAGAGAGAGAGAGAGAGAGAGUGAGUGGCUAAGACAAGAUGGCACAAGUGAGGAACAAGCAAGUGGUUCUGAGCAACUAUGUCUCUGGUUUUCCUAAGGAAUCCGACAUGGAAAUUGUUGACAGCACCAUCACUUUGAAACUUCCUGAAGGUUCCAAUGGGGUGCUUCUAAAAAAUCUCUACCUGUCAUGUGAUCCAUACAUGCGAACCCUCAUGAACGAGGAUAGUACUUUAGGGCUUGGUCGCCUCACCCUUGGCUCUCCAAUGAUGGGAUAUGGUGUGGCUCGAGUUGUGGAAUCUGGAAAUCCUGAUUAUAAGAAAGGUGAUUUAGUAUGGGGUAUUACUAAAUGGGAAGAGUAUAGCUUGGUCUCCGCACCUCAGUUUUUCAAGAUCCAGCACACUGAUGUCCCACUUUCUUACUAUACUGGAAUUCUAGGUAUGCCAGGAAUGACUGCCUAUACUGGUUUCUUUGAAGUAGGCUCUGCCAAGAAAGGAGAGAAUGUUUUUGUUUCAGCUGCAUCUGGUGCAGUUGGUCAACUAGUCGGGCAAUUUGCUAAAUUAAAUGGUUGUUAUGUUGUCGGAAGUGCUGGAAGUAAAGAGAAGGUGGAGCUGUUGAAGGAAAAAUUUGGAUAUGAUGAAGGUUUUAACUACAAAGAAGAGCCAGACCUCGAUGCAGCUUUGAAAAGGUACUUUCCAGAAGGCAUUGACAUUUACUUUGAGAAUGUUGGGGGCAAGACACUUGAUGCUGUACUCCCGAAUAUGAAACUCCACGGCCGCAUACCUGUCUGCGGAAUGAUCUCCCAGUAUAAUCUCACUCAACAUGAAGGAGUAGCAAAUUUGGCAAAUCUCAUAUUCAAGAGGGUUCGCAUGGAAGGUUUUGUUGUAUCUGAUUUCUAUCACCUUUAUCCUAAAUUCUUGGAGUUUGUUCUGCCCCAUAUCAGAGAAGGGAAGGUUGUUUAUGUGGAAGACAUAGCUGAGGGCCUGGAGAAUGGCCCUGCUGCCUUGGUUGGCCUCUUUAGCGGUCGCAAUGUUGGUAAACAAGUGCUUGUUGUUGCUCGUGAUUGAUUGCAAAAGCUUUUCUGAAACACCCUUGUCUUUUGUAAGUUUUUGUGUUGAAUGUUGAGCUCUCUUUGUACGGUCGUUGCAGUCAUCUUCCUUCAUGGUGUUGAUUGUACUCUCUUCUUUUAGGAUGAAAGUUGAGUAUAACACAUGAUAUUCAUGACCGUCUGGAAUAACGUAUUUGAAUUUAUCUCAUAUUAUAAGCCUGUUUAUGCAGAUGUUUAUCAUUUUUUGCAA